GUCCCAAAACAUUAACAAAUGUUCAAUUAUAGCAAGAGAAAGAGAACAAUGACAUUUUAUAACUAGAUUUUCAAAAUAACAAUCAGAAAUUGUGAUAAAGUGAGAUUUAUUUUAUAUUUUCUAUUCGAUUUCUAUAUCAAACUAUAAUGUAUGGGCCUAACCUCAAAUACGUUUCUACGCAAUAUAAUAGUUAUUACUGUCCAAAGGAAUAAGAACAAUGUUAUAUCAUAAAUUUAUAACAUUAUCGAUUUCAUGUAUAGUACAAGUUAGGAAAUUGCAUAAUAAUGUCAUUCAUUCUUUGACAAGAAAACGUAUUUCAUAUUUAAGUUCUAUGCAAUCACCACAGUACCAAGACAACUCAAACUAUUCAGAUACAGAGAAUGAUGAGAUGGAUAAAAUUCCUCUUUCACGUGACGAAUAUUUAAUUAAUACCGAUCCAACAUUUAGGGACAAACCUAUAAGAAAUCAUUCGUCAUUAAAUAAAAGCAAUCCAUAUUUAAUAGAUGAUGAUGUAAGCAAUGAGUUUAUUACAUUGAUUAAAGAUGAUUUAUUAGAAAAUAUGAGUUACGUGAUUGAAUUAAAUCCUAGCUAUGGUUUAUUAACAAGAAGGUUGUUAGAUGUUGGUGUACCAUUUAUACAUUUGUAUGAAUAUCAUGAUCACUUUUAUGAAGAACUACAAAGUUUAAAAAUAGUCUUUCCUAAUCGAGUUAACAUAACAAAAGCAAAUCUUCUUGGGAUAACCAAAUGGUCAAAGUUAUAUGGGUCACUUACUGUAUCUAAUACAUACUUACGUGAUAUGUUUAGUGAUAUACCAAAAAGAAAAUGGGAAGAGAAAAGUAGUAUACAAGUAAUUGGAACAGUAACUAAAUGUGCAUUUAUAAGACAUUUAAUAUUAAGUAUAAUAUUUCAAACAGGCUUCAUGAUGCAUGGAAGGGCAAUUUUUUAUCUUGCAUUAUCACCAUCUAUUUGGAAUAAAUUGACAUGCCGCAAUAAAAGAAAUGUAUCUUUACAUACUCUGUUUAACAUAGUAUUUAAUUCUACAAUGUUUGGAACAUUAGAUAGGCAAGGAUUUCUACCAAUGCGAAAAAUCAAAAAAUCAAGGACUACAAAGCUUACAUUUGAGGAUGAUGAUGAACUAUUUUAUGUUGUUAAAUUGGAACCAAAAUCUAAUAUUUUAUCAUUAUUUGGUGGAAGGGAACAACUGGUGUAUUUGUGGCAUUUUGUUCGACAUUAUUUAUAUAAGCCAUCAAUGAAGAUAAUACCAACACUGGAGAAAAUAAUGCCAGGUUUUGGUCUAAAAUUAAUAGAAAAAGAUUAUAAUAUAUUUACUCAGUUCGAUGAAUUAAGUAUUAAUCAAAUCAUUGAUAUUUAUAUGGAGCUUAGAGCUUAUCCAGGAUUUAAUGACAGUUCCUUUUCAGUAAGUGGAGAUGAUGUUAGAAGAAUAUAUGAUCCAUUUAUGGAAGGAAAAUGUAAUUAAUCAGUUAUGAAUGUGAUGAAGCACUUAAUAAACAUAAAAUACAGUAAA